GCGUGCGGCCACCGGGAGAAGUUUGAAAAUAAAUGUGAAACUUUUUUUUCCUUAAACGUUUGAUGUCAGCGUUGUUUCAUUUGCUCCUUCCCGGUAAAUUCAGCGGAAUUUCUACAAACAGCGAGCUGAACCGAGAAGCGCGGCGCAGAGGAGGUUUAUCUCCAGGCAGCCAUGUCUUCCCCAGGAGGAGAACCCUCGUCUGUCCUGUCGUCCGCCUUGUCGGCUGCCGUGUCGGCUGCCAUGGCAGUUGCUAUGGCCGUGGAUGCAAAGGCUGAUCUCGCCACGCUGUUAGACGAAUGGGAAGAAGCACAGCGAGGCACCACAGAGCAACUGGUGUCCGUCCUUACAAAAAUAUCUGAGCUGAUUGAGCGGGAGACAGGGGAGUAUCACAAAGCAGACCCUGAUCCAUUUGAUGACCGUCAUCCAGGACGGGCGGACCCAGACUGCAUGCUGGGACAGCUCCUGAAGAUGCUCUUUAUGAACGACGACUUCACUAAUGCGCUGUUGGACACUUACAUAAUGACCAGCAGAGAGCAGAGCCUCAACACAGCUGCCUGCCGCCUGCUCCAGAACAUCGUGCCGGGCCUGGAGACCUCCGUCGUCUUCCAGGAGAAGGAAGGUCUGGUUGAGAAGUUGUUCAGCUGGGCUCGUGAAGCUGAGCGGCCCAUGUGCGUCUACGCCACGGGGCUGCUGGCCAGAGCCAUGAGCAACCAGGAAGUGGCAACCAGCUACAGAGAGGAGAACGCUCAGCUGGUCCCGAUCAUGAUCCGACGCCUGCAUGAGCUGCAACGUGAAGAGGCCAAGAAUCACUUCAGUCCCACCAAGACCCCCCAGAAUCUACCUCAGGACUCUCAGGUUGAAGCCGCCCAAACCUCAAGGAUUUCUGCAGACCAGCAAGAGAAGACAGAGGGGGAGAAUGUGGGAGAGACGGAGGACAGAAGAGAGAGAGACGGAGAGAGCAGCAGGCCGGUGUUGAAGGCCGGUACCAAACCUUUGUCCCUGUUCGGAUCGGCCCAGAAAAAUGGUGGCUGCAGCAGCAACGGUGGGUCCGCCUCCACCCGAUUGCUUCCAGGCUUUGUUUACCAAGCGAGCCAGGACCCUGCCGCCAGGGAGACAGAGGACCGACAGGCAGGAAGAGGAGGAGGAGGGAAAAGACGGACGGUAAAGGAGAACGGGAGGAAGGCUAAGCAGAAGCUCAACUUCACCUCCUCCUCCUGCAGGGCUGACGAAGAGGUGGAGAGGACCGACGCCAGCGACCAGCCAUCCAACAGCACGUCCUGGUCUGAGAUGAGCUCGAUUGUGAUUGGCUCGGACUAUUGCCUGUCACCGCUAAGCCCGGCCAUGGAGCAGAGGCUCAUCCUGCAGUAUCUGACACCGCUCGGAGAUUACCAGGAGCUGCUUGCCGUCUUCAUGCAGCUGGACACCCGGUCUUUGCUGAUGAACUACAUCGACCUCAGGCGGACCAAGAACGUCCAGCUCACCUUUGAUGCGCUCCUGUACCUGGCCUCACUUCUCCUCCAUAAAAAGUUUGCUGCAGAGUUCAUCGCUCAUGGAGGAGUUCAGAAGCUUCUGGAGAUCCCGAGGCCUUCGAUGGCAGCGACUGGAGUUUCACUCUGCUUGUACUAUCUGGCCUACAACCAAGAUGCUAUGGAGAGGGUGUGCAUGCUGUCAGAUGGCGUGCUGUCAGACAUGGUGUCCUACGCUCUGUGGCUCCUGGAGUCGUCCCACGCUUCGGGCGUCUGCCACGCCACCAUGUUUUUCUCCAUCUCCUUCUCCUUCAGGGUGGUGCUGCAGCUCUUCGACCACCAGGACGGCCUGCGCAGGCUCGUCAACUUGAUCAGUACUCUGGAGAUCCUGAACUUAGAGAAUGAGGUGUCCAUAAUGAGUGAUGACCAGGUCUUCUCCAGCCGGCAGACGGCCAAGCAUACCUGCAUGGCCCUGCGCAGGUACUUUGAGGCUCACCUGGCAGUAAAGGCUGAGCAGGUGAAGCAGUCCCUGCAUGCGUCAGAUGAAGGUACCAUUGUUCCCCAGCAGCCAUUUUACAAGGCAUAUACGUACACCAGAGAGCAGGUUAUCGAGAUGAUGGAGUUUCUCAUCGAGUGUGGACCUCCUCAGCUCCACUGGGAGCCAGUCGAGGUUUUCUACAAGCUGUCCUGUGUCCCUUUAAUGCUGCAGCUCAUAUCAGCAGCCUGCGACUGGAGGACAUACUAUGGCAGGAGCGACACAGUGCGCUACGCCUUGGACAUCCUGGCCAUCCUGACAGCGGUGCCUAAAGUGCAGCUGGUGCUAGCUGAUACGGUGGACGUUCUGGAUGAGACCAGGUCACCUGUUUCCACUGUGGGUAUGAGCAUCAUCCUGGGUGUCGCAGAGGGCGAGGUGUUCGUAAAUGAUGCUGAGAUCCAGAAGUCUGCGUUACAGGUGAUAAUAAACUGUGUGUGCGCUCCAGACCAGAGCCUGAACACUGUGGGUGCUUUUGCUGUUGCCCCCCUCAGGACGUCCCUCCACCCCCAGCAGCCUCCUGCCCCCCACAACCGGGUCCUGGCCCACAUGUGGCAAGUAGUGCAGAACAACAAUGGAAUAAAGGUGCUCCUGUCUCUGUUGUCGGUGAAGAUGCCCAUCACAGAUGCAGACCUGAUCCGUGCUCUGGCCUGCAAGGCUCUGGUCGGACUCUCUCGCAGCUCAGCGAUCAGACAGAUCAUCAGCAAACUACCGCUGUUCACCAGCGGGCACAUUCAACAGCUGAUGAAGGAGCCCGUGCUGCAGGACAAACGCAGCGAGCACGUCCGUUUCUGCCGCUAUGCUGCCGAGAUGACCGAGCGAGUCUCUGGCAAGCCUCUCCUCAUGGGUACCGACGUCUCAUUGGCUCGUCUGCAGAAGGCUAAUGUGGUCGCCCAGUCACGGAUCACCUUUUCUGAGAAGGAACUCCUCAUGCUGAUCAGGAACCACCUUGUGGCUAAAGGGCUCCAUGACACGGCGAGCACGCUCAUUAAAGAGGCAAAUUUAUCCGUAGGACCUGUCUGUCCGAACUCGUCCUCCUGUGUCACCCCCUGCGCCUCCUCCUCAGUGAAUCCCAGGACUUGCCGGCUGGCUGGUGGGAUUGCAGCUCGCGUUGCCAGCCAUGUUGGAUCCUCUCCUGUGUCCUCAGUUGCUGCCGUCUCCUCCACCUCUCCUACUUCCUCCCGCGCCCAUGUCACUCCUCACCCGUCAUGCUCCUCUUUGUCUUCCCAAGCCCUCCCCCCUCCUCCAACUCCUCACUCUCAUGGGCAGGCCUCACAUCUGGUUGGCCGGAUUUUGUUCACACGGGAACGCCCAGCGGCCAAUUGCAACUCAGGGAAAAAACUUCGCUCUCUGAAACAGAAGUCUGACCACGGUGCUUUCAUACAGACUCCAGCCAUGAAGAAGCAGCUGGAGCGCCACCUUCCUUCCCCCCCGACCCUUGACAGCAUCAUCACAGAGUACCUGAGGGAACAACACGCACGGUGCCCCAAUCCUGUCACCACCUGCCCCCCCUUCUCCCUGUUCACCCCCCACCGAUGUCCUGAGCCAAAGCAGAGGCGACAGGCUUCACCCAACUUCACCGCCCGCCUGGGGAGCAGGGUGCUGUACCCGAAAUAUGGAGGCGUGGACAGAGGGUGUCUGGAUAGACAUCUGAUAUUUAGCAGGUUUCGUCCGAUGUCCGUCUUCCACGAGGGUGAUGGAGAUGAGAGCGGUUUCACGUGUUGUGCCUUCUCAGCCCGUGAGCGUUUCCUGAUGCUGGGAACCUGCUCCGGUCACCUCAAAUUCUACAAUGUCUUCUCCGGAGAGGAGGAGGCCAACUACACCUGCCACACAUCAGCCAUCACACACCUCGAACCGUCCAGGGACGGGAAAUUGCUUCUUACCUCUGCUUCUUGGAGCGUUCCCUUGUCUGCCCUCUGGAGUAUGGACGGUGUCUUCAGCAUGAAAAACUCGUUUGUAGAUGACCACUACGUCGAGUUCAGUAAACUCUCUCAGGACCGAGUCGUCGGCACCAAGGACCAAGUCGCGCACAUCUACGACAUUCAGACGGGUCAGAAGACCCUGACCCUGAACAACCCCGCCCUGGCAAAUAACUACAAGAGGAACUGUGCCACCUUCAAUCCCAGCGACGACCUGGUGCUAAAUGAUGGGGUGCUGUGGGACGUGCGGGCGUCUCGGGCCAUCCAUAAGUUCGACAAGUUCAACAUGAACAUCAGUGGGGUUUUCCAUCCCAACGGCCUGGAGGUCAUCAUCAACACUGAGAUUGUAUCCUCCCAUCCUGUGUUCAGCCUUGACAGCAGGUGUCAGUGGGACCUGAGGACCUUCCACCUGCUGCACACUGUCCCCGCCCUGGACCAGUGCAGGGUGGUCUUCAACAGCAACGCCACCAUUAUGUAUGGAGCAAUGCUGCAAGCUGAUGAUGAGGACGAUGCGAUGGACCAGCAGAUGAAGAGUCCCUUCGGCUCGUCCUUCAGAACCUUCGAUGCCACAGACUACAAGCCCAUUGCCACGGUGGACGUAAAGAGGAACAUCUUCGACCUGUGUACUGACACCAAAGACUGCUACCUGGCUGUCAUCGAGAACCAGGACACGGUGAGCUUGGACAUGGUGUGUCGUCUCUAUGAGGUGGGACGACAGAAACUGGCUGAGGAAGGAGACGACGACGAUCAGGAUGAUGAAGAUCAGGAUGACGACGAUUCCUCAGACACAGAUGACGACGACGACGACGAUGAUGACGAUGAUUUGGACACAGAUCCGCUCUUAGAGGAACUGGCCAAUAACGACAACCCAGAGAACGGCGACCGGGCCGACUCUCCCAUGGAUGAAGAGAUCGCAGGUCUUCUCGCCAGCAACAGUGACGAUGACAACAAUGAUGACGAUGACUCAGAAGACUCAGACCACUCGUACAGAAGUGACGACGGAUCUGAUUCCGACUAUGAAAACUACUACCCAGACCACUCAGAGGACGAGGACGCUCAGCUCCUUCAGUCCCUCAGGGACAGAUGGUUCUCCUGACCUGAGGAGCUGCUCCUGCACUGACAAUGUGAAACUCAUCGAGGACUCUUUUCUUUUCCAACCAUCAUUUCACAUUUCAGGCAAGUUGACUGUGAACACACUGAUAUGCACAUCAGUGUCCUGGUUGAUUUAAAAAAAUAAAAUAAAAUCUGGAACAUUCUCUCUAUUUACCUUUUAAACGUUAGAGAGACGACAGUGAUGAUGAGUAAAUAUUUCCCAAAGAUCACGGGGCUCAGAUGAAGACACCGACUUUUCCCUUCACCUGAUUUUCUGCUUGUUGUUUCAGUCGCAGAGAAUUUGAAUGAAACGUAUUUAUGAUGUUUUACCUGGCUCUGUCUCUGCUGGAGCAAAGGUUUAAUGUUUCCCAUGCAAAAUAAGUAAUUUAAUAAAAAUCUGUUUGCUUUAUGUUUUAUUAAACUUUUGAUGUCACAGUUUCAUGACCUGCCAACCCUCUGAGGAAGGACAGUUUAUAGUGUUUUCACCCAGUUUUCCUAAAGAUGAAUCAUCCAGGUUCAGUCUAAAAUCCAUUAUACUCACAGCUAUAAAUUGGAAUUAAAUUUAAAUAAGAAUUGUGUUUUGUCCGCCGCACACAGUGUCUGGUUUCUGCAGCAGUCUAACACACAUUUUCCAAAUGUUUGAUCAAAGCUAAAAGCCAAAUAUUUCACACAGGCUGUGGAUCAGUGUGGAGCCGCAGCAGCUUUCCUCAUUUUACACCUGAAACAGCUGGAUACCUGAGAAAAUGUUAGGUACAGGCUUAAAGAUGUGGAUGAAAAUGAGUUAAAGAAAAACUCUGUGGAUCAGGACGAUGUGGGUUCCCUCACUCUGCUGGAUCACUGAGGUUAUCAGGGAACAAAGACCUCAGUCACACUCACCCCGGCGUCUCAGUGGAAAUAAUCCAAACUCCUACCUCCUUAUUGGAGCAGUAAAACACCCCU